CUGCAAACCCCCCACCACUAAUAACCGGAGGCUCUACUCCCUCGCCUACAGGCUACAGCACCAGAGCCGCACCGCCAUGCGGCCACUCUCCUCCGCGCCGCCGGCGCCGCAGGCGCGAGCGAGCUCCGGCCCCGGCCCCGGCCGCGGGCCCAGGCCGCCGCCGUGCGCGCUGCCGUUCCCCGACGCCCUCCGCGCGGCGGCGGCGGCGGCCGCCGUCUCCCUCUCGCUCCUCACCGGCGACGCCGUGGGCGCGGUUGUGGCGCAGCCCGUCGAGGUGUGCCGGGACGGGGUCGCGGCGGUGGUGGAGGAGGUGAGGGGCGAGGCGGUGACGAACGAGCAGCUCGUGGAGGAGGCGUGGGAGGUGGUCAACGAGAGCUUCCUCCCCGACGCCGGGAGCCGCCCGUGGUCGCCAGAGAUGUGGAUGCAAAGGAAGCAGGAUAUUCUCCAAGGCACAAUCAAAUCCCGUGCUAGAGCCCAUGAUAUCAUUCAGAAAAUGCUAGCGAGCCUCGGUGAUCCUUAUACAAGGUUUCUAUCUCCCUCAGAAUUCUCAAAGAUGUCAAAAUAUGACAUGACCGGGAUUGGAUUAAACUUGAGGGAGAUUCCUGAUGGCAAUGGCUCCUUCAAGUUGAUGGUAUUAGGGCUGCUAUUAGAUGGGCCUGCUUACUCUGCUGGUGUUAGACAGGGUGAUGAGCUUUUAUCAGUCAAUGGCAUUGAUGUAAGGGGUAAAUCUGCAUUUGAUACUUCAUCCAUGCUGCAAGGUCCAAAGGAGACAUUUGUUACUAUUAAGGUGAAGCAUGGUGAUUGUGGUCCUGUUGAGUCAAUGAAGGUGCAGAGACAACUGGUUGCUCGAACUCCAGUUUUCUAUCAUUUGGAGAAAAGAGAGAACGAUGAUUCAUCUGUUGGAUAUAUUCGCAUUAAAGAGUUCAAUGCAGUGGCCAAGAAAGAUUUGGUUAGUGCGCUAAAACGUCUACAGAAUUCAGGUGCCACCUAUUUCGUUCUGGAUUUGAGGGACAAUCUUGGUGGGCUAGUUCAAGCUGGAAUAGAGACUGCAAAGCUCUUUCUCAAUAAAGGAGACACGGUCAUUUAUACUGCUGGCCGGGAUCAUCAAGUCCAGAACACAAUUGUUGCUGAAAGUGGACCUAUGAUUUCUACUCCCAUUAUGUUACUGGUGAAUAAUAGGACAGCAAGUGCUAGUGAAAUAGUUGCUUCAGCACUUCAUGACAAUUGCAAAGCUGUUCUUGUUGGCGAAAAGACUUUUGGCAAGGGCUUAAUCCAAUCUGUUUUUGAACUUCAUGAUGGUUCUGGUAUUGUCGUCACGAUUGGCAAGUAUGUUACACCAAACCACAAGGACAUCAAUGGAAAUGGAAUAGAACCAGAUUACAAUCGUCUUCCUGAUUUCAAUGAAGCGAGAGAUUACCUUUCACGUUGCCGAUUUAAAGACCUAAGCUGAGUGAAGCAUUUUAUUCUGAAGGUUCUCAGAAGGGUUAGCUGGCCCAACACGGUAGAAUGAUGGAACAGAAAUGCUGCCCAACCUGACUGUACAACGGUCUCUCCUUGGCGCGCUGAUACCAUAAGCUGCGUAUUCAUGUGUCAACAAGCCUCUGCGCAGUGAGCACGACCUUCAAUUUGCUGGUGCCACAGCGCCGUGUAGAAGUGGAGAACACAAAGACCUCAUCAAACGAGGCCAUCGAUCUGGGGUUAAACCAACACCACCUGUGAAUAGCUAAUGGUCUGUACCUGUCGGUUAACCCUGAUGGUAAAAUUUGUCUGACUUGCUGAUGUGGUCGCUUGUCGGCCAUCA